AUGUUGAGGAGUUUCUUGUUUUCAGGGUUUGCAGCCCUUCUUCUACUUCUAUUAGUCCCCAUAACAUGCCGAGCGAAGCUGAAUGAUAAGGCUUGUCAUUCUUCUUGUGGGAAUAUUCAUGAUAUAAGGGGCCCUUUUCGAUUGAAAGAUGAUCCACUGAGCUGCGGAGACAGCGAGUAUGAACUGGCUUGUGAGAAUAAUCGCACAAUCUUACACUUAAAUUCCAGAAAAUACUAUGUGGAAGAAAUCAAUUAUAAGCACGAGACAAUAAGGGUUGUUGAUACUGCCCUACGGAAAGAUGAUUGCUCUACUCUCCUACUUCAUUCUUUGAAUGAUGAAAACUUUGGCGAUGAAUAUCUAUAUAUUCUGCGUGAUAAGUACACGGCUAUAAAUUUCAUUGAUUGUGAAGCACCAAUAAGUUCUCCUUUCUACGUGGACAUGCCAUUUUGCAGCAAAAACAGUUCUUCCAACUUUUCUUUGUCCUCAAUACAAACAUAUUCAUAUGUUGUAGUUGGAGACAUGAAGGUGUCGGAUUUGAGGGACUCAUGCAGCAUAGCCAGGGUGGUUCGCAUCUCAUCUCGUGGCCCGAAGAUCGACAAGAGUUCUCUGUCAAGCAUCCAGGAUGGGCUGCUGUAUGGGACUGAUCUUAUAUGGGGUGAGUGGUGCUGGCUACCGCUCUGUCCUAAACCGGCUGAGAUUUUAGUCUCUAAAAUUUUUCUACAUAUCAAAAACGAAAUUCCUUCAUUUAUCUAA